UUAAUUAAGACUAGAAGAGACUUGAGCAUAUUCAAUGACUAUAUAAAUCCGACUCUUUCCUCAUCCUCCAUUUCAUAAAACACACAAUCACAAUAACAAUGACGUUUGCUCUUAAGUAUCUUGUUAUUUUUCUCCUUCUGUCUAUCAUGGUCACUCAAGGACUGUGCGGCUGCUCUUUCGCUGACAUCCAGAUCGGAGGGGCGAGGACGGGGAGAGUCAUCUCCGGAGAACCAGAGUGGAAAAUAUCGGUGAUCAACACAUGCAGCCAACCUCAGUCGAUCGUGAUUCUCUCUUGCGGAGGUUUUGCUCCAGUGAAGCCUGUCGACCCAUCGCUACUGAUCCAAAAAAAAAACACAUGUCUCCUGAUUAAAGGAAACACUAUACCGGCUGGCGGCACCGUUCAGUUCACUUAUGCCGGCGAGCCUUACUUCUUCAAACCCAUAAGCUCAAGGGUCGGCUAAAAGUUUCAACCAUUAAUUUUAUGAACAAGAAGCAUGUACAUGAUUCUAUGAACAAGGCUAUUAGGUUUCUUGUGUCUCAAGCAAUAUGAAUUUUCUU